AUGACGGAUGUCACGCCCGUAUCCCCACUUGAUGAGGUUGAAGUAAAUCGCGUUCGUCCAGAGACGACUGUGCAGUCUGAGAAUGCCACCAACCCACGAUCAACUUUUCAUGUAUACUCCGAGAAGGAAUGUCACAAGUGUAUUUCGCCAGUGAUGGACCCGGGAAAAGAGAGAUGGUGUGGCCCAAAUCAAAAAGAACAAAAAGCGAAGCGUUUGCAGAAACAGGAGCGCAAAAAAUCCGGAUUGCCCCCCGUUGAGCCGGAUGAAAAUGCUUUCUUUAUGCAGCAACCAUACCUAUCGUUCCAUGUACCGCCUCGAGUUCUGUACACGGGCAGUAGUAAGUACACAGCGAAGCCCGCUGUCCUUAUACACGACGGUUGUUUCUGGAGAGACUACAAGUUACAAUUAGGACCGUCAAUCAGCCAACCAGGUGUGAUUGACCCGCGCGGCGUAGUCUCAUGGCGCCAUAAUGGAGGCGACAAGAAGGCACUCAAAGCCGAUGAACAAAAGCUCAAGGGCUACAAAAUCAGGGGAUGGAGGCUUUGGGGAGAAACGGGAAAAGAAUAUGUACACACUGUCAGAGCGAACCGAGAGGCAGGUAAAGGUCCGGAUCCCGAUGUGUUGGAAGUCAAGGGCCUCGAAUAUGAGAAACCCGCGGUAGCUGAAGAGGUCGUUCACUUGCGAUGGAUAAGUCCAUUGUCUCGCCAUACUCGAUGCUAUCACUUCCAUUACAUGGGCAUUGAUUUUUACUGGAAAGGGACAGCUUCGGUCAAGGAAUCGCGAGCUUGUGGCCUGUUCUUGCGCUUCAAUCACUUGAAGCUCGUUGCCAGACUCCCAACCGUUGACGGCAAGAAACACCAACAGAAUGAGCUGUGUUUGGGGAAAUAUACCUGCUCCAUCGCAGCCAAGAAGAAUGGCACUCUGGAGUUUUUUGAUGACACAAUCUUGCGUUUAGUCGAUGCAUACGCCCCCUCAAUGCUCGACUUAAGUUCUGACGAGGGGCAAUUGGAGGAGAAUAUGAGGAAUGAGAGAGUACUGAGACUGAGAAAAAGUACGCUGUACCAAGUGUUUAUGGCUACAGCGACGUGCAUGAUGCGGAGUGAAAAGGAGAAGAGGCACACACUGUUAGAACUGUUGACGGUUGCAGCAGAAGGUGGAGGCUAG